UGUGAGCACGUAUUUCAAUUAAGUGAUCGUAAUAAUAUUAACUUUACGAUUUAUCAAGUGUAAUUAACAAGUAUUGAAUUAAAAAAAAAUAUAACCUUACUGUUGUUUAGUUUUAAAGUAAAAUGUCGCACAACGAUAUAGUUUUAAAUAUUGAAAGAGAUAAUAAAAAUAACAUAAAAGUGGAUCCAGCAAUCAUGGAGAUGGUGUUUGGAACGCCGAAUAAACCGAAAUCUGAUGGCAAUCGAGAAACACAUUCGAUAGGAAAUAGCAAAAGGUCUAAUGAAUCGCAUUCUCCAAAAUCAACACACAAGAGUGAAGUGGAGUCGAGUCAUCCCAGACUACCGUUAUUAGAGCCAGAUAAAGACACCAGAAAAUUACCGUUAGCGGAGUCCGAAAUCGACGAUAUUGAUGAUGAGAGACCAGAGAACACUGGACCAUACCCUGGAAUAGAUGACGGGCUCCUCGACCCUGAUGGAACAAAACCGGAAGGUGGUGACCAUCAUACAGAGGACGGGCCACACGAUACGCACGACGAGGGCGUCGGUACAGACGAUGGUAAACGGUGGCUUUUCGGGCAUGACGAACCUGACUAUAUAUACGGAAUUAAUGGCACUGAAACAAGAUUCGGCGUCGACGACAGACCGGGCUCUCCUUUACCUGGGGUCAUACCAGACGUGAACACUUACCAGCAGAAGAAGAACUUGGCGCAAGGCAUGAUGGAUCUAGCUCUGUUGUCAGCCAACGCGAACCAGCUGCGAUACGUGAUAGAGACAUCCAGUGGACAUCCGUACUAUUACUCGAGCGUUACAUUCAUCACCCUCAGCAUUAUUUUGCAAAUCGGCGUGGGCAUUGGGCUUAUAUUGAACAGCAGAUACAAUGUCAAAGAUGAGAAGGACAUUUGCAAAGCGGAUAAAAUAAACAACAUGACCGUGCUGGGAAUAUUCCUCAUCACCAUUGUGAACGUGUUCAUCACCUCGUUCAGUGUCGCCCCCACCAGUACAGGAGUCGUGCCUACUGUGGCGGUGCAACAACCAGCCAUACAGCAGGCCGGAUAGUGACUAUACAUUACUUGUGUGUAAUAAUAGCUAGCAAUCCGCACUUUUUAAAGGUGCAACAUUGUACAGAUCUCUAUUUUGUUUUAGUACAGCCUUAGUAUCUGUAAGUGAAAAUAAUAAAAGUAACCCUGGAUACAUAACACGGCGCUAUCUAGUCCCAACGUAAGAAUAGCUUAUAUUAUGGGUACUAGACAACUGAUAGGGAAACAACUAGAUUUGAUACAAAUUUUCAUGAUCGUAUUGGUACAAACAUUUGUAUUCAUGAAUAUAAAUGUUUGUACCAAUACGUUUUAAGUUUAAAUAUGUUUACUUACUUUGGAUGUAGACGGCGCUGUAUAGUUGGAGCUACAUAUUUAUAUAAAAUGUUUGAUGACCUCGGUGCUCCAAUAGUGUAUACUAAAGUGUAUGUUACACUGAUAGGUGUUAAAAUAAUGUUAAUAUUAGAAUCUUGUAUAUUUUGUAAACAAAGACACUUAAGUUUUUAUAUUUAAGUUAAUAGUAUGUAAGUAAUCAUUAGAUAUAAAUGAUUCUAACUGAUCAGUCAUUUAACGUUAUGUUAUAGGGGUCGUUCAAGUAUUACGUAAA